GGUUCAGCACUAAACGGCCUUCGAAGAUUCGAGAUGGAUCCAAUUGUCUCAGAUCAUUUGCAGGAUGUGCAGGAGCUGGCUCUUCGACUGCUCGCUCUUGACCAACUUCUCGGUCCCACCCCUUCGCAUCAACAACAGGAUAUUGAUCUGGACACCAUCACCUCAGAAGAUGUCAACUCCGAAGCCGUGGUUUGGAAAGACAUUGAACCUUCCAAUACAGCGCCCUUGUGGGAUGUGAUUGAGUUGUACAAAGUCGCGGAUACAGUGCCCCGAUUCGAUCGCAUUCCAGCAACUCUUGUCGACAUCUGCAAGACAUCGUGGCGAGGCAGAACUUAUCAGAACACGUACCUCCAUACCGGCAAUGAAGAAUCCCGCGACCCCACUUGCUCAGAAGUCCUACAGCUACUCCCAAGGCUUGAUCGACUUCUAGAGAUAUCUUUGCACGCCAAAAUCAAUGCCAUCGUGAGCUUGGUGCCGCCUUUUCGAUUCCUUGAUCUGCCGACUGAGCUUCGGUUGCAUGCCUAUGAUUACAUACUCCCGCGCCAGCCGUAUCUCAUCCUGCGCAAUAUUGAGCCCCGCCGACAUGCACUACCUCGUUACGAUCUUGACGCUCUGCGAACUUGCCAGCAAGUUCAUCGUGAGCUGGUUGAUCACUUUUACAAAGACCAGGUGUUGGUUAUGAAUGCGUAUGAUCCGCGUAACGAUUGGUGGGUCUUCAAGGGGAACAGUCCACGAGACCGGCUCAUUGCUCAGAAUAUGAGGGAGGAAACACGAUCCUGUUUCAAGAAACUCGAAAUUCGAGUUCUCGAUACAGACGAGGCUAACACUGACCGAAAGGGGCCGUACUGGGAAGCAAACAAGACAGAUGUAUGGGAGUGCGAUGGGUACUAUACAGAGACACUUGAAGCGUUCCCUAAUCUUGAAAGCGCCACUAUAUCUUUCGAAAUAGGUGAGAAUAAUCUCGAGUACUGGACAGGCUGGUACCAUUCCCUCGGACAUAUAGCUCGGUGGCUCAUCUCAAAAAUACCCGAACACAUACAGAUAUUGUGGGACUUCGAGCCUACCUCUGAUCCUGACUUACAGGAGCUUGCUAAGGAAUCAGAGGAGAUCAUGUAUGAGCUCAAGAACGUGGUCGCCGAAGAAACAGCCAAGAGGGGAGGUACCGUCCAGCUGGGUACAAGACUGAUAAAGGAACGUAUAGUCACGCCGGCGACACUAUGACUUGAGUGGCGAUGGUUGUUGGGAAAAAAGGACAAACCAGUGCCUCCUUUUGUAUGCGCU